AUGAAUACAUCGAUUGAGAAUGCGACUCCCUCUGAUUUAUCAACAGCACCACACAGUCCUUCUGACGAUGGAAGUGACUCCUCCGCUGCCACCGACGAGUGGACGUCCUCGUCUCAAACCGCAGCCACAUCCCUGAUAGGGUCUUCUCAUUCUGGAACAGGUGAAAAGGCUCAUAGUGCCUUGUCCAUUGUCUCCGGUCAACUUCAGAAAACGCUGGAUGAUUUCAAUGAUCGUGGCAUCACUUACUUCAAAAUGCCCUAUUCCCUAUACGAUAAAUCGCGAGUUGAAUUAAAGGACGUUAUCGAUUCCAAGGAGCAUAUUAGGUGA